AUGAAGUUCAAGAAGUGUUCAAGGGAAAGUUAUGUGUAUCGAAAAGAGGAAGAAGGGAAUCUCCUCAUUGUGGCUGUUUAUGUUGAUGACCUUUUUGUAACAGGAAAUACAAUGGACAUCAUCAAAGCUUUUAAAGUGGGAAUGUUGUCAAAAUUCGAGAUGUCAGAUCUAGGAAGACUUACAUAUUACCUUGGAAUAGAAGUUAAGCAAAGCAAAGCUGGGAUUGAGAUAAAGCAGGAGGCUUAUGCACGUCGUAUACUCAAAGAAGCUGGCCUAGACGCAUGUAACCCGACUCACAUACUAAUGGAGUUCGGCUUAAACAUGUCAAAAAGGCAAGAAGAUGAACCUGAGAUAGAUGCAACCAUGUAUCGAAGAAGGAUUGGCUGUUUAAGGUACCUCCUGCACACGCGACCUGAUCUCUCUUUUGCUGUUGGAGUACUUAGUAGGUAUAUGCAAGCUCCUAAGGAAUCACAUGGACAAGUGAUGAAACAAGUACUGAGAUACUUACAAGGGACGUUGGCGUAUGGUCUGAAAAGAAAGGUGGUUCUAAGAAACUUAUUGGCUACAGCGACAGCAGCCAUAAUGUAG